AUGAGAAGAAUCGUUAGUAUGACGGACGCUGGCAUAUUCAUCGACAAGGAGGACAAGAGAGUGGCGCCUGCCAUUGCUGCCAUCCGUACCGGCGAUAUCGAUGCUCUCACGGCCUGUCUCUCAGGCGAUCCGGCACUUGCAACCGCCUACAUCGGCACGUCAUCUGAGGCUCGCACGCUGCUCCAUAUUCUAGCGGACUGGCCGGGCAAUUUAGCUGCUGGACCUGACGCAGCUCGAGCACUCAUCGCCGCUGGUGCGGACGUGAUGGCUCCCUUUGUCGGCGAUGCCCACUCCGAAACUCCUCUUCACUGGGCCGCCAGCAACGACGACGUGGCUCUUCUUGAUGUCCUGUUGGACGCUGGGGCGGACAUAGAUGCUUCGGGCGGCGUCAUUGCUGAGACGCCUCUGGCGGAUGCACGAGCGUUCCUACAGCUCAAGACGGCGCACAGGCUGGUUGAGCGUGGCGCGCGGGUCACUCUGCAAGACGCCGCAACCCUCGGCUUGCAGGACCGCGUGGAAGCAGUCUUCAAGUCACCGGCAAACCGACCGUCACAGGAGGACAUCGACCGCGCGUUAUGGAAUGCGUGCCAUGGGGGCCAGCUUAAGAUGGCGCAGUAUCUUCAUUUGCAGGGAGGGGCCAUCGACUUCGUCCCGCCGUGGGAGCAACUCACGCCCCUUGACGCGGCGCGGCGGAAUGGGGCGGCCGAUGUGACGUCCUGGCUAGAGAGUCUAGAAGCUCGACAAUUCGACUUAUCAAUUAAUCAGUGA